AUGGUUUUUUUGAAUCUUGCUUGCCGAUUCAUUCAGACUUGUUCAAAUGAAUUCUGGCUGUUUAAAUACAUCUUAUCUAUCUAUCUAUCUAUCUAUCUAUCUAUCUAUCUAUCUAUCUGUCUGUCUCUGUAUCUUAUUUAUCUCUCUCAUUCUGCUUCAUCCUAUCUCUCUCUAUCUACAAUUGCAAUCUACAUUUUCAAACUAUCUAUUUCUUUCUUUCUAGAAAGAGGGGUUCUCUUUGUCUAUAUAUAUUUCUUUCUAUCUCUCUCUAUUUUCUCUCUAAAUAUAUCUAUAUUUCUUUUUAUCUAUCUGCUCAUCUAUCAAUUUCUUUCCUUAUAUAUCUAUCUAUUUAUUUCUCCCUCUGUCUAUUUCGUCCCAUCUCUCUUUAUUUCUUUCUAUUUUUCUAUUUCUGUUUAUCUCUCUCUUUUUCGGGCUAUAUCUCUCAUUUACUUUCUAUCUAUCUAUCUAUCUAUCUAUCUAUCUAUCUAUCUAUCUAUCUAUCUAUCUAUCUAUUUGUUCCUCUCGUCCUCUUUCUCUCUCUCUCUAUCUAUCUAUCUAUCUAUCUAUCUAUCUAUCUAUCUAUCUAUCUAUCUAUAUAUAUAUAUAUCCGUGCCGACUCUAACAUUGCCGCCAACUCCCGAACGCCUCCAUCCCAGUAAAAAGUUGGAAUUUAAAUUAUGUCUUAAAGACAUUCGGAAUCUAUUAGUUUACCAAUUGUUUGAAUACAGACCACUAGAACCAAUAUGA